GGGACGUGACUUCUCCGCUCUCUGUGCUGUGAUGACACUUUUUUUGAGGAAGUCGAGAAACUGAAGCAAAUGGACGACUCCCCCCCCCCCCCCCACGGCUCCCCUUUGCGAUUCUUCACCGGAACCAGUGACUCAAACUGGGAUCUUCACCCUCGAGCCGUCGGCGGAGAUGGAUCGAGAAGCGACGGCAGAGCAGCGAUGCUAACAUGCUAGCCCACUCCUCGGCGUUGGUUUCUCCCUUCGAGGUUUUUUUAACUCCACUAACUACGACUCUUUCACCCCGUUAACUUGUUUAUUCUUUAACGCUAACUAACCGUAGGUGACGGUUAACUAGUGGUUUACCUCACCCGGCGGUGACACAUCGCGUCCCGCUACGUUAGUUACGUUAGCUCACGUCAGAAGUAGCUAGUCCCAAAAAGACUGGUUAAGCUAAUUAACGUGGCGUUAGCUUGAAAACAUUGACGUUGUCUCCAGAGGGCAGGUACGUGGUUCACAUCCCGGGGACCAGUGCGCCUGGUUCGGGUUAUUAGACAACAGGGGAGUCGUAUUACACGCUAAUGGUGGUCAUUAGGUUAAAGAAGUAACUUAGCUUCACCUUUACUCUGGUAUCUGAGAGUAUGAGGCUGGAGAGCAUCGUCUGUUAACGUGCAGCUCUGGGAUGUGACCAAAGAACCUCUCAUCAGAAGAUCAGAAACUCACCGGAGGAGACGAUAAGGAUAAAAACACAACUAUGGGGGAUUUAGGUCGUUUUUCCUGUUAGCGUCUCCUGACAUGUUUCCAUUCAAACGUGCUGAGCCAGCACGGGAAACCUGACACCUCCUCACAUGCUCUGCACACAGACUCGCAGGCAGCACACAUUUUCCAGAGCAGCCUCAUCAAGCGGAGCCCAGAUAUGCGUCUGUCCUCGUUCCUGGCCCUGUUCCGGCCGGCGCUGCCCCUCAUCCUGGGGCUGUCCCUGGGCUGCAGCCUCAGUCUGCUGAUGGUGUCCUGGACGCAGGGGGACACCGACGACUCGUGCAGGGACGAGCUGGGCAACGGGAGGCUCUUCCUGGGCAGAGGGGACGGACAGGGGGUGUCCAGGGAUGAGGCCGGAGACGAGGACAUCCAGCCCCGCAUCGUGCCCUAUCACAAGGACCCGAACAAGCCACACAAGAAGGUCCUCAGAACCCGAUACAUCCACACUGAACUGGGCAUCAGGGAGCGGCUGCUGGUCGGCGUGCUGACCUCUCGGGCCACGCUGAACACGCUGGCCGUGGCCGUGAACCGGACGGUCGCCCACCACUUCCACCGCACCUUCUUCUUCACGGGUCUGCGCAGCCCCAAGGUGCCGCACGGCAUGACCGUGGUGGCCCACGGCGACGACCGCCCGGUGUGGCUGAUGUACGAGACGGUGCGCCACCUCCACCAGCACUACGGCUCGGACUACGACUGGUUCCUGUUGGCCCAGGACGACACCUACCUGCAGGCCGACCGUCUGUCUGAGCUCGUGGGCCACCUCACUGCAGGGCAGGACCUGUACAUGGGCAGGGCGGAGGAGUUCAUCGGCGGGGAGGAGAAGGCGCGGUACUGCCACGGGGGUUACGGCUACCUGCUGUCCCGCAGCCUGCUGGCCCGCCUGCAGCCCCACCUCGACACGUGCCGCAAUGACAUCCUCAGCGUGAGACCCGACGAGUGGCUGGGCCGCUGCAUCAUCGACUACCUGGGGCUCAGCUGCGUGGAGGUGCACCGGGAGAUGACCUACCGCUACUUUGAACUGGGGAAAAACGCCGAUCCAGAGCGAGAAGACAGCACCCAGUUUAAGAACGCCUUCACCGUGCAUCCUGUAUCAGAACCGAAUCUCAUGUACCGGCUGCACAAGCGCUUCAGCCAGAUCGAGCUGGAGUGGACGUACCUGCAGAUCGAACAGCUCCAGAUGCAGAUCAACAACCUGAGUGAGCGGACGCCGGAGGGGAAGGCCGGAGUCACCUGGCCGAUAGGAAUCAACCCCCCCUUCAAGCCACGGACCCGCUUCGAGGUGAUCAACUGGGAUUACUUCACAGAGGAGCACAUCUACGUGUGCGUGGACAGCUCUCCAAAGUGUGAGAUGAGAGGAGCGGACCGGGCCGACGUCAGCGCCGUCCUGGAGGUCGCGGUGGAGCGGCUGAACGAGCGCUACCAGCCGCAGCUGCGCUUCCGCAAACGCCGUCUUCUCAACGGCUACCGGCGCUUUGAUCCCACGCGCGGCAUGGAGUACAUGCUGGACCUGGCCCUGGAGGCCUACACCCAGAAAGGCCACAGUCAGGUCAUCGUGAAGCGGGUCAACCUGCUGCGGCCCCUCAGCGCAGUUGAGAUCAUCCCCAUGCCGUACGUGACGGAGGCGACGCGGGUGCAGGUCAUCCUGCCCGUCACCGCCCAGGACCAGGACUAUGUCAGCAACUUCCUGGACAUGUACGUGAUGAACACGCUGGACACCCACGACAACGUUCUGCUCACGUUCCUGUUCAUAUACGACCCGUUCGACGCGCAGCGAGUCAGCCAGACGGACGUGUUCGCCGGCAUCAAGGCCAUGAUCGGGGAGGUGGAGAAACGCUACGGCGACGUGAAGAUUCCGUGGAUCAGCGUGAAGACGGAGGUGCCCUCGCAGGUGAAGCUGAUGGACAUCAUCUCCAAGAAGCAUCCGGUGGACACGCUGUUCUUCCUGUCCGGCGUGUGGACGGAGGUCAACGCGGACUUCCUGAAUCGCUGCCGAAUGAACGCCAUCAGCAACUGGCAGGUGUUCUUCCCCAUCCACUUCCAGGAGUACAGCCCCGCCGUGGUCUACCGCGACCAGCCGCCCUCCGCCGCCUCCUCGUCCUUCGCCUCCGAGUCGCUGAGGGACGGACACUUUGACCGCCACGUCUUUGACGAGGCCUGCUUCUACAACGCGGAUUACAUGACCGCACGGACCAAGAUGGCUGCCGACAUCUUAGACAACGAGGAGCUGCUGGAGAGCAUGGACGUGUACGACAUAUUUGUCCGCUACUCGGGCUUACACGUGUUUCGAGCCGUGGAGCCGGCGCUGAUCCAGAAGUACGUACGACGAGCGUGCAACCCGCGGUUCAGUGAGGACAUCUACCACCGCUGCGUGCUCAGCAGCCUGGAGGGUCUGGGCUCCCGCUCGCAUCUCGCCAUGGCGCUGUUUGAACAAGAGCAGGCCAACAGCACCUAGAUCCCACUGGGAUCUCUGGUACUUGGUGGAACUUUGAGAGCGUGGAACCUCACACACACACACACACACUCUCUGCCUCGAGGAAAGGGAAGUCACGCAGAAUAAUGUGAAUUUUAACACGGUACUUUUAGGAUCCACACACUGAAGUUCUCCCUCAUUCCAACGGAGCCGUCUCUAUAUCGAGGAAUCUGUCACGUCUAGAGGAAAUAUGACUCAUCACAGAUUCUCCUCACGUGUCUGUGUCCGUGUCCGAUCGAGGACACAGACACAGACACAACAGACAAUUUUACCAUUGCUGUUUUAACUGGAGCUGAAGAACAAUAUUUACACUCCAUUAAAUAUAUGAAAAAUAAGUUAAUAAAAUAAAAAGAUUAAUAAUUUCUUAAUAAUUAUUUGAGGAAAACACACUUGAGCCACAAAUCUUCUUUUGUGAAGAUGUUGGAAAAUAAUACUGGACCAAGCUGAAGCUGCCUUUGUUUUAAGAUAUGUUCUUACUUUUUUUUAAAGAGGUGUUAUUAUUAAAGAGUGUUAUUGCC